CUCGUGAUAGUAAUGCUCUCAGAAGAAUAACAGCACAACAUUGCGCAGGAGCUGCUCAGGAUUAACGUACAUCCAGCACUCUCUUCGUGUUCUUCAACACGAAAAACACAUUUUUUUCUUCAUUAUGGUGGAAAAUAUGGUUAUCAUGGAUGAACUUUGCGAAAUGGAUUGCAACGUUUUGAAAAGGUUGUUGAAGGACGACAGUGCGAAAUGUCUGGUGCUGGACUGCAGAUCAUUCCUGGCGUUUAGCGCUGGACACAUUCGGAGCGCAGUGAAUAUCCGCUGUAACACAAUCGUGAGAAGGCGAGCAAAGGGCUCCGUGAGUUUAGACCAGAUUCUAUCCGGUGAUGAAGAGGUCAAAGCCCGGCUGAAAUCAGGACUGUACUCCGCUGUGAUUCUCUACGACGAGAGGACGCCCGACAUAGACACGGUUAAAGACGAUAGCACAAUCACUCUGGUGCUCAAUGCAUUAUACAGAGACACGUUUGGAACUGAAAUAUAUCUACUCAAAGGGGGCUAUGACACAUUUUUCACGGAGUAUCCCGAGUUCUGUUUGAAGACCAAAACGUUAUCUUCGUUCUCUACGCAGUCCAGUUUGGACUCCUGUUCUUCAUGUGGAACUCCACAGACGUUGCACCAUGACCAGGCUGGUCCAGUGGAGAUUCUUCCCUUCCUGUACCUUGGCAGUGCCUUCCAUGCCUCCAAAAAGGACAUGCUGGACGGCAUGGGCAUCUCAGCCUUGCUCAACGUGUCCUCUAACUGUCCCAACCACUUCGAGGGGGUCUACCAGUACAAGUGCAUUCCUGUGGAGGACAACCAUAAAGAGGACAUCAGCUCCUGGUUCAUAGAAGCCAUUGAGUUUAUCGACUCUGUGAAAGACUCUAACGGACGUGUGCUGGUGCACUGCCAGGCGGGCAUCUCUCGCUCUGCCACCAUCUGCCUGGCAUACCUGAUGAAGAAGAAGCGUGUUCGCCUGGACGAAGCCUUUGAGUUCGUCAAGCAGCGCCGCAGUAUCAUCUCCCCUAAUUUCAGCUUCAUGGGUCAGCUGCUGCAGUUUGAGUCCCAGGUGCUAGCUACGUCAUGUGCAGUGGAGGCCGCCAGCCCCUCGGCAGCCAGCCUGGGCCCCAAGUCUUCCUCCACCCCCACCUCACCCUUCAUAUUCAGCUUCCCCGUCUCCGUGGUAGCACAUGGCCAGCCCAGCAGCCUGGCUUACCUGCACAGUCCAAUCACAACCUCGCCCAGCUGCUGAUGCCCUGCCCCCACAGACAGACAUCGACACUGAACUGACCCAGGGGGCUCCUGUCAGCCCCAUUUCUCUCACUAUCCAGGGCAGAGAGAGAGAGAGAGAGAGUUUCUCUUCUCCUAACUUGGUAUAAGCUGAAAGGUCCAUUGACAAUGAAAAACUGAGGGUGCCUAUGCUGCUGCCUGACUCAAAAAACUGUAUAGAAUAUGACACACACACACACACUCAUUCAUCACUAUUUGGUGAACAUUAAAUAAGCUUUUUCUGAAAACAGGCUCAAGGAGAUGUGCAGUUCCUGUGGUUUAGUGCGAAGGACGUGGCGGCAGACUUCUAAGUUGCAGUCCGUCUCUUUCAUUUCCUGUGGAGUUUUCCAAAGCCUCUCCAGUCCUGCUGAGAGGGGUGAAUGGCCACGAGCAGAGAUGCAGAGAAAAGGAAAGAGCAAAGAGGGGAGGAGGGGGAAAGAGAGAGAAAGUGCGCUCAGUCAUUUAGUCGCUUCCUGAAGGAGAGCAGGAGGCUCUUCAGUUGUGACAGGUGCUCUACUAACGUCCUGUCUGGCUUCCUGUCCUUGACAUCCCCAUCCUAUCUCCCAUGUGCCCCCCUCCUCUCCUGGAGCAGGACUGCUGAUGAAUGAGAGAAUAAAAGCGUCCCCCAUGCGGAGGUGGAGAGGCGGUUGAGAUAAAGAGACAAGCUUUCUGAGACGGUGCCAAAUGAACGCCUGAGCCCCUGCUACAUAGCCCGGGCAAACCCCUGGCCUUCCAUGUAAUAGGCUCGGUCGGAUGGACAGAUGGGCUUUUGAAGAGAAAGUUAGUUUUUUCUGUUUGUUGGUCAGUGCCUUGUUCAGAAAAGGUAUAGGAUGUUUUUUUCCGGCGCUUUGGAUGUGCUCAAGUGCCCCAGCGCCUUUCCUUUUCAAACAGACUGAGGCAGAUAAGCUGGGAAAUCACUAAACAACAACGUUUCAAGUCAACACUGCAAUACAGACAAUGUAAUCCCAUCCGUUCCUCUCCCCCAAGUAGAGCAAUAAUCCGUUUCUCUCUCUUCCCAGUUGCCACCAAAGCACUACAUUGUGUUGUGUAUUUCUGAUCAUGUUUUUUAGCUUCAUAUGUAUAUUCACUCAUCGAUACAGACCGGAUAUUUCAGAAGUGUUUUUUUUGCCUUACCAAUAAUUAUUUUUUAGAAUUCUCAAGAUAAGAAUGUGUUGUUUUUCAUCCUUUCAACCAUAUUGUCUGUUACAUAGGUACUAUUUCUGUCCAGACAAUAGAUGUUGAUUGGUCUAAUGCUUGUUGAAAGACGGAGACUUAAUUGGGAACUGACCUAUGAACCUGACUUGUCUUUUUUAUCUUGUCACUGUUACUCCACCAAUGUCUAGUAGAUCCAGUCUACUUACUAAUUGGGAUGAUUUCCCAGCUACGCACAAACACCCCCAAGAAACAGACACUGGGAUAUCAGACAUCACUGGGAAAAGACAAGGUAGAAAACUGCUUGUGUGUGCUGCCACUGGUCUGACUCCUGAGAAAUGGUUCAUUGUUUUCCUUUUCAUGUUAAACAGACAGUUCUCUGAGCGUUUGAGACAAAAUAUUGCCUGGAAGCAUUGGCCUAGGUGACGAUCAGAGCCAGGAGCAAAGGCUUCUGGGGAAACAGGAUUUAAUUCCCUCCUCUUUUUUGAAGAAUGUUGGCACCUUUUAUAGAGCACUUUUAAGUGAUGCAAUACUGUAUUAUUUAAUUGGUUUGUACAUUCUUGUUAUACCAGGUGGUAACUGAUUACUUUUCAUACACUCAUUAUGUUGUUUUCUUCUUGAGCAAGGGUAUGUAAAUGAUAUGAAGAUGAGAGGUGGUCUCUGGUCCACAAUCAUUGAAUAAUGCAAUACUUUUUACCUGUGUCAAGUGAAAUGCUGUCGUCUCCUUAUGGCAGUAUCAUUCAUCAAUUUAACAAUUUUUUUAAAAUUACUUUUUUGGUUAAAUUGUAAAUGCUUUAUUUAUUUCUAAAAUUCCAUUGUUAAAUACAACAUUGUUCUUUAAAAAAAAGAA